UUAAGACGUUUUUGUUUUGUUUCUCUAGGUAAGUCAAAAUGCACAACAUUAAAAGUGCAUGUAGGUUGUUAAGGAUAAGAUCGUGUUCCCCAUGUAUUGCACACAAGUAUAUAAGGAAAUCAACAUUAAUACAACACCAUAGAAAUGUAUCUACCGCCCAAUGUGGCAACAAUACACAAGAAACAACAAAAGAAAGUAAAAAUGUUCCUUCACAACAUAAAGUGAUUCAGUUUUUGGAAGAAGAACCAGAAUUUGUGAGAAGGUUGAACAGUGACUUUGCUGAACCUUAUACGGACAUUUCUAAACUCCGGGACUUCAUUAUGAACCCAAGAGGGCGAAACUAUAGCAACAGUGCGCUUGUGGAGUUCUAUGAAAAAGCAAAGCUGUUAAAACCUGCGGUUGAUGUAAAGUAUAUGCUGGAUAACUUGGAUAAGGUACAGGAAAAUAUGAAAAUGCGGAAUUGUGACUUUGAUUUGGUGAAAAUGGUUGUUCAACCUUAUAAAAGAAUGAUUCUUGUGCAAAACGAGGUGGAGAAAUACAAUGAGAUGAAGGAGAGCGUAAAAAGUCAAAUUGAAAAUGUUCAUCAAAUGAAUUUUGAUGGAUUGACCUUGGAAAAACAGAUGGCAAAAUUGGAACAGUCAUUACAGUAUGCUAACAACAUCCUGCAUAUUUUGAAUUGGGUUAAAAGGCAAGUAGAAGCUGUUUUCUUAGCUAAUGCACUUAUGGUGCCAAACCAAACACACCCUUUAGCUAAGGAUGGGGCUACAGAAGGCAAUGUAAUAGAAACUGUUGGAAAUAAACCGGAAUUUGAUUUUCCAGUUCAUGAUCAUAUUUUUAUUGGUGAAAAACUUAAAUUAUUCAGACAAAGUCGAAUGUCUGAUUUUGCAGGCCAUAGGAACUACUACCUUAGUGGUGAUGCAGCAGAGUUAGAACAAGCACUAAUUCAAUAUACAUUGGACAAGCUAAAAGCGAGAAAUUUUCAUUUUAUAUCGACGCCAAAUAUUCUGAAGGAUGCAAUGUUAGAAGGGGCAGGCGUUGUGUCUAAUAAAAUGGAGGAUCUGCUGUACAACAUUGAAAAUGCUUCUGCAGAUGGUUUUUGCUUGGCAGGAACAUCAGAGAUAGGAUUAGCUGCUUAUUUUUCAAGCCACGCUAUCUUAGAAUCGCAGCUGCCAAUUAAAGUAUGUGCUGUGAGUACUUGCUACAGGAAAGAAACUGGCACAAGGCUUGAUCCAAAAGGACUUUUCAGAGUUCACCAAUUUAAUAAAGUUGAAAUGUUUGGAGUGACAGGAAAUGAAAGUGGCAACGAAAGCGAACAACUCCAACUAGAAUUUGUCGAGAUACAAAAAGAACUUUUCAGCGAUCUUAAUUUACAUUAUAAUGUGAUUGACAUGCCAGCAAACGACCUGGGAUUGCCGGCGUUUCGUAAAAUCGACAUUGAAGCUUGGUUUCCUGGUCGUGACCGCUAUGAUGAGAUAUCAAGUGCUUCAAACUGCACUGAUUUCCAAUCCAGGAGACUCCAUAUAUUAUAUAAGCAUGACGAUAAAUAUAAAUUUGCACAUACAGUGAAUGCUACCGCAUGCGCAGUGCCCAGAAUGAUAAUUGCGUUACUCGAAAAUGGACAACAAAAAGAUAAAACUAUUGUGGUACCUGAGUGCUUAAGAGAAUAUAUGGGUGGAAAAGUCAUUUUAAAGAGAGAUAAAAGGAGAAAGGCAAUGGAGUAUAUUGGAAUUAAAGCUUCGAAAAAGAACCAGCGUUGUUUAGCAGAUUUCUAGUUAUAUUUUGUUAUUUUUUUAUUUUAUGUUUUAUUUUUUUGAAGUGCAUUUGCAAAUGUUUAUCAUGUUUGUGUCUUGUUUAACUGAUUCAUGUCUUACUGUAAUUAGCAUGCUGAAUUACAGAAUGUUACAAUGCUUCAAGAAAUAAACCUAAUUCAUAUCCUGCAAAUGCAUAGGCAUUAGGCAGUAUGUUAUUAAAAUAAAAUCUGGGGUGACAUUG